AAAAAUAUAAUUUAAAAAAAAAUAAGUUUAUUUUGCAGUAUCACUUCACUUUACAGCUCACAUUCAUUCUUCUUCACAGAUCGAAUCUAAAAUAUCUCUCUGUGAACUGAUGGUGAAAUUUGAUUUGUAAGAGCCACGAAUCGCCUUGCCAUACUAUAUGUCUGGGAACCUUUAUUUAUCUUUGCCGCUGCUGUAUGGUAUCAUCAACCAGAUAACUAUAUGUUACAAGGGAUGCAUUUUGGAUCUCGGUCGAUCAGAUGAUUGAUACUAGCUAUAUUAUGCUUUACCAGUGCCAUUAUGUCCAUUUGUCUGAGGAGAUGUCUAGGAAUUUGGCUUUUUUACAUUCUUCUGCUCUAUAUCUCUUUAAACAAAACUGGGGCUAUUAAUUCUGAUGGUGAGGCACUUCUAAACUUCAGGAAUGCAAUUCUUAGUUCCGAUGGGAUCCUUCCUCUAUGGCGACCAGAGGAUCCUAACCCAUGUAAUUGGCGAGGCGUGACAUGUGAUCAGAAAACCAAGAGAGUGAUUUUUCUGAGUUUGAAGAAUCAUAAAUUAAGUGGAUCUAUAUCACCUGAUAUUGGGAAGCUACAACACUUACGGAUUUUAACACUAUACAACAAUAACUUUUAUGGAACAAUUCCUUCAGAGUUGGGAAAUUGCACAGACUUGCAGGGAAUAUAUUUGCAGGGUAACUACUUAAGUGGGCAGAUUCCAAGUGAAUUGGGAAACUUGUCCGAGCUUCAAUAUUUGGAUAUCUCAAGUAACUCUCUCAGUGGUUCUAUUCCUCCUGCACUUGGGAAAUUAAAUAAACUCAUCACUUUCAAUGUAUCAAACAAUUUUCUGGUGGGACCAAUUCCAUCUGAUGGCAUGCUUAUCAACUUGCCUGAAAGCUCUUUCAUUGGAAAUCGUGGUUUGUGUGGGAAUCAGAUCAAUAUGGCCUGCAAAGAUGAAAAUGGAGGACCUUCUUCCAAUUCAAGAUCUAUAUCAGGCCAAAAUCAAGGCGGGAAGAAAAACAACUCUGGUCGACUGCUUAUUAGUACCUUAGCAACUAUUGGUGCACUUCUUCUAGUAGCACUUAUGUGUUUUUGGGGUUGCUUUCUUUACAAGAAGUUUGGUAAAAAUGGAAAUAACACUAUUGCAAUGGAUGUCAGUGGAGGUGCUUCAAUUGUAAUGUUUCAUGGGGACUUGCCGUACUCGUCAAAAGACAUAAUUAAAAAAUUAGAGACCUUAACUGAGGAACACAUUAUAGGCUGUGGAGGCUUUGGAACGGUAUACAAGCUUGCAAUGGAUGACGGCAAUGUAUUUGCUUUAAAACGUAUUGUCAAAUUGAAUGAGGGAUUUGAUCGAUUCUUUGAGAGAGAGCUUGAGAUUCUUGGGAGCAUAAAACAUCGAUACUUGGUCAACUUGCGAGGCUAUUGUAAUUCUCCAAUGUCAAAAUUGCUAAUUUAUGACUUUCUUCCUGGUGGUAGUCUUGAUGAGGCCCUCCAUGAAAGAUCCGAGCAACUGGACUGGGAUGCACGUCUGAAUAUUAUUAUAGGAGCAGCAAAAGGACUGGCCUAUUUGCAUCAUGAUUGUUCCCCUAGGAUCAUACACCGUGACAUAAAGUCAAGCAAUAUUCUGCUUGAUGGCAAUUUUGAGGCUCGCGUAUCAGAUUUUGGACUUGCAAAGCUGUUGGAGGAUGAAGAAUCACACAUUACAACCAUUGUUGCAGGAACAUUUGGUUAUCUAGCUCCCGAGUACAUGCAGAGUGGUAGAGCAACUGAAAAGACUGAUGUUUAUAGUUUCGGGGUCUUGGUGCUUGAAGUAUUAAGUGGAAAGCGACCAACUGAUGCAACAUUCAUUGAAAAGGGUUUGAACAUUGUUGGUUGGUUAAACUUUUUGGUUACGGAGAAUAGGCGACGGGAUAUUGUUGAUCCAAACUGUGAAGGGGUGCAGACAGAAAGCCUUGAUGCUCUGCUUUCGGUUGCGACCCAAUGUGUGAGUUCAACCCCCGAGGAUCGGCCCACCAUGCACAGGGUAGUUCAAUUGUUUGAGUCUGAAUUGAUGACCCCAUGCCCUAGCGAAUUUUAUGAUUCCGGCACCGAAUGAAGAAGCCAUGCACAGGAAAGGGGUUUUAGAAUCUGCAGCAGUUUUGUAUGUUAAUGUCAUUCAUUCAUUCUUUCUGCAGAUUUAUGUUUCAGACCUUUGGUUGAGUAACUGAUUAGAAUAUGCAUUGGGGCUGUUCAGUUGCAUCUUUUUUCUUCUUCUCCGAUUUGUCGUACCUCACUUUCACCACCUUUGUCCACUGAAAUUAAGUGUAUAUGCAAUCUGUAUAAAUUGAGAGUUUUUCUGUCUUCCCGGAGGAUUCAUGUGAUUACCAUUUUUGUAAAAUAUGUUGAAUACAAUAUCAAUAUUUUGCUUCUGUUUGAUGGAA